ACAAUGAUCUUUUGGGUUUUAUUAUUGCAAUGAAUAAUUCAGUGAAAUCAAUGAAAAUAUCUGACACCUACCCAAUUUCUGAAACUGUGAAGAAACUGAUGGGUCUUUUGGAUACGUUGGAUCAAUGGAUGACAGACAUUCUUCCGAUUGACCAGCCUCAGAGAUUUGGCAACAAAGCUUUCCAAAAGCUUUAUAUUAAACUGAAAGAGAGUGCUGUAGAAGAAAUGGAAAAAUGUUUUGAUGAAAAAUAUCACAAAGCUUUCCCAGAAAUAUCUACUUACCUGAUUGAAGGAAUUGGUAAUUCCACAAGAAUUGAUUAUGGCACAGGCCAUGAAAUGUCUUUUGCUGCUUUCCUCUGUACCUUAUAUAAAAUAGGGAUACUUACGGAGGCCGAUGCCCCAGCUAUUGUCUUGCAAGUCAAUGAGAAAUAUUUGCAGCUAAUGCGUCGAAUGCAGCAAAGAUAUCGGAUGGAACCUGCUGGAAGCCAUGGUGUUUGGAGCCUGGACGAUUACCAAUUCAUUCCUUUCAUCUGGGGGAGCAGUCAGCUUAUUGGUCAUCCUCGAAUUUUACCAAAAUCCUUUAUCAACCCAGAAAUUUACGAACAUUUUAGUCAAGACUACAUCUUUUUAGCUUGUAUAAAGUACAUUAAUCAAGUGAAAAGUGGUCCUUUCUUUGAACAUUCCAAUCAACUCUGGAGUAUCACAUGGAUAAACUGUAGAAAGCUGCAGAACUUUGAUAUUGGUCUUGAGAAAGCAUCUCCUUUGCAUUAUAUGUCUAUAUGA